UUGGUUGCCAGCCUCUAAGUUGACGGGCAAGAGUAACAGGUACCGAUGCCUGGGGCACCCACGGCACCCACGGCACCCACACUAUCACAUGCCUGAGGUUGAGGUACUGAACGGUUUCUCCGCAUUUGAAUCAAUUGCAUUGGGAAUCCAUCCUUCAAUCAACCAUCGAAUCUCCUCGUCCGCGGGAGGAAAUCCGGGGAAAGCCGACUGACUGACCUGAGCAGCCAUGCAGGGAUUCUGAUUCAUUCCUUAUAUCGGCCUGCUGCCCUGCCCCAAUAAUGCACCAUCCUCCACUCUCAUCUCUCCUCGCAUCAAUAUGUCCUUCAGCUUCGUCUCUACCUUUGUCGCGCUCCCUCUCCUCAUCCUCGUGUCCAUCCCCCUCGUCAUCUUCGCCUGCAUCACCAUCCCCCUUGCGCUGCUCAUCCUCCUCUUCCGCCUCUUCCUUCUCUACAUAGAUCUCUGCCAAUACGUCGUCAAAACGCGCUUCGGGACUUCGGACAGAACCAGCACCAGCCCCAGCCCCUCCACUCCUGCCCUCUUCGACUUCCCCGCACCAUCUCUCCCCUCCACCUCCUCCACCACCACCAGACGUCGCUCCAGCCUGGGCCCCCACAACCACCACCACCACCAUACUCAUACUCAUCGUCACCGGCCAACCCCCCCAGGCAGCACCAACGCCAACUCCCCGCCCACCCCCCAUCUACUAAACCUAAUCAGCGGCGACGAAGCCCGCGACUUCGAAGGCCUAGGCGGCUGGCGCAACGCCCCAAACGCGAAGCCCUACCUCGCUGUCUCAGGGACCGUCUCGCCCAAUUCCAUCUCCAACGACAACACCAACACCAACACCACAGGCCCAUCCCCCAACGACCCCAGAACCCACCCCCCAACACCAUCAGCGCCAACAACAGAGAAAAUACAGAUGUUGACGAUGAUGACGACGACGAACGCGCUUGGCUCUCAAUCAACCGCCGCCUGGAACUCCCCUCCCAGCCGCUUCUCCGCGGCUCCACCUCAACAGACCACCUCGAUACCCUCCCUUGGAAACACCGCCAGUCGGCGCCCGCCCUCUCGACUUCGGUACUGAGUCCGCUUGACACGCAGACACAAACGCAUCAUCAGCCUCAACAUCAACACCAACACCACCCGCGCCAUCACUAUCGCUCCGCAACCAC